ACAACACUGCUUCCAACUUCGGUGUCACAACCACGGAGCUUACAGCCAUGCAACAUCACCCUUAAACACCAACCAUAGCACAAAAGUGAUCAUUUUAUCCAAGAUGACGGCUAAAACUCUGGAGAAGGUGCAGCCUCUGAAUCUCGCGGGGUUUGAGAGUUUGUACUCCGUGGAGGACAUGGCCGCCGGGUUGCCAACUUCUGUUGCCGUUUUUCCCAACUCGGACUUAGGAUCGCAUUACGACCAGAUGACUGCAGAUUCCUUAAUGAGCGCAGAGAUGAGCGCAGAGAGGCGUUCUCUGGACUUCUCUUACUCCAACGGCUUCUCCCAACCUUCUUCUUCUUCUUCUUCUCACCGCAACCAGACUUUCACCUACAUGGGGAAGUUCUCCAUCGACUCCCAGUAUCCCACCAACUGGAAGCCCGAAGGAGUCAUCAACAUCGUGUCGGGCAUCUUCAACGUUGCGCAUCCUCCUCCUCCUCCUCCUCCUCCAUCUUCAUCCUCCGCUUCCCCCGUUUCCGCCGGGUCCCCCACUCACUUUUCCGGCGGCAAUUUGAGUUGCACCAUGGCCGCGGCGCACCACCACAACCAAGCGGAGAUGGAGCACCACCACCAGCUUUACUCUCCUCCCCCGCCCUACUCCUCUUCUGCGUGCGGGGAGUCGUACCAGGAUCCGUCCGCGUUCCUGUCCACUCCCUACCCGCCACCGUCCUACUCGUCCCCGAAGCCGCACAACAGCAGCCAAGACGCGCCGGGUCUCUUCCCGAUCAUCCCCGACUACCCCGGCUUCUUCCAGCCGGCGUGUCAGCGCGACAUGCCAGACCGGAAGCCGUUCGGCGCAUGCCCGCUCGACUCCUUCCGCGUCCCGCCACCUUUGACCCCGCUGAACACGAUCCGAAAUUACACCCUGGAAGCAGGAGGCCAACCGAGGCUGCCCUCUGCCUACAGCCCCCAGAACCUGCCCCUGAGGCCGAUUCUGCGCCCCAGAAAGUACCCGAACAGACCCAGCAAAACGCCCAUCCACGAGCGUCCCUACCCGUGUCCGGCGGAGGGCUGCGACCGCCGCUUCUCCCGCUCCGACGAGCUGACGCGACACAUCCGCAUCCACACCGGACACAAGCCCUUCCAGUGCCGGAUAUGCAUGCGCAACUUCAGCCGCAGCGACCACCUCACCACGCACAUACGCACGCACACCGGGGAGAAGCCGUUCGUCUGCGACUUCUGCGGACGCAAGUUCGCACGCAGCGACGAGCGCAAGAGGCACACGAAAAUCCACCUGAGGCAAAAGGAGAGAAAGUCCUCCACGGUCUCGUCCUCAUCAUGCAACAGUUCCACGUUGGAGCGCACCGCAACAAACGCGAUUUGUUCCUAGGUGGGACUGUGUGGGUUUUUUUUUUUUUUUUGGUUUGUUUUUAAAAA